GGAACUGCCAAAGGACUAUAAAACCCAAGCGCACAAUAACUCUUCCCUCACGCUCCCUUCCACUCUCUGUCGUCGAUUGGUCGCUCUGCCGCGCCAUGCGAGCAAACCCAAGCAUUCAUGGUGACUUCUUGAUCUCCAUCUAGAAAACGCCCCCUGUGCGCAUUCCUCCGUCGAAUAUGGAGGAUGAGUUGCAGAAACGGAACACGGACUGCGUAUAUUUCUUGGCGUCACCCCUUACUUGCAAGAAGGGUAUUGAUUGUGAGUAUCGGCACAGUGACAUAGCGAGGCUUAACCCGAGGGAUUGCUGGUAUUGGUUGGCAGGGAACUGCCUUAAUCCAACAUGUGCUUUUCGACAUCCUCCAUUGGAUGGGCACAGUGAAGGGUCGCUUGAAUCUGCUGCCGCUCCUUCGCAACAAUCCUCUGCAACCACUAACAAGACCAAUGUUCCCUGUUACUUUUACUUCAACGGAUUUUGCAAUAAAGGCGACCAAUGCUCUUUUUUGCACGGACCAGAUGGUAGUACUGCUUGGAAAUCGGUAAAAACUACAUCUGCAGGUGCUGAUGCACCAUCCUUAGACAACAAGACAUCUGUAGGAAGUGACAUCCGUCAUGUACCAAAUGAAACACAUCCUAAUCUAUCUGAGACUGCUCAAAAGGCAGCAUCGGAAAUUCAGUUUCAGCCUAAUGAUGUUCACCAGAAAUCAGUGCCUAAUAAAGUUGUGAAGCAAAGUGCCUAUCCUCAGACAUCAGUAUCUGAGUCUGAGGAAGCUGCACCAAUAAAGUCAGAAUCCUUGCCUCCAGAAGGAGGAUUGAUUGAAAGCGGAUCACUAAUUUGCUCAGAUCAGAGUUCAGAUGAGCAAGUGGAUGGCCAUGUUGAGCCAGAGGAGAGGUGGGAAUCAUCUCCAGGUUUUGAUGUCCUUGUGGAUAAUAGAUCAGACGAUAUGGGUUAUCAGGAUGAUCCAGAGUACGCUGUAGCACUUGAGAGGGAGGGAAGGGAGGUCAAUGACCACUUCUUGAGGUAUGAUUUUGAAGAUCGGGUCGAGUAUGAUUCCAUAUAUUCGGAUGCAGAAAUUUUGUGUGAGCACAGGAUAUAUGAUUCUUAUGACCGUUUGGACUAUGAUCAUAGAUCUGAAUAUGGCCAAGUUCCCAGGCGCAUGAGGCAGAGAAUAGCAGAUCCUAUAUUGUCUCGAAAGAGAAAAUUAUUGCCAGUGGGAAUGGCUGAGAAUGGCCGGAAUGGUGUAGAUCUUCGAGAGCAUCUCAGGAAACACAGGAUGAUUGAUGGUCAUCCGGUUAACCGUUUCUCUAGGAGGAACGACUCACCUCGUCUUAUUGGUCGAAAUCGGGAGAGAUCUCGAAGGCAUGGUGCAGGUCAGCGGCUGCAUGGAAGAUUAGCUUCAGAAGUAGGAAGAAACAUGAUUGGAUCAUUUGGUGAGAAGGAAUCUGUUUCAAAUGGUGUCAACCGGCAAGACCGGCUAAGGCGCUUGCGACUGAAUAGGCCCAGGCACCAUUUUGAGGAAAAGAGGCAGGCUAAGAUGCAGUUUGUUCCAUCAGAAGUUUCAAGGGAACCACCCACAAGGGAAAGGAGAUACACUUCAGAAUCCUCUUCAUUUACCGGACCCAAGUCCCUUGCCCAGAUCAAAGAAGAGAAGAGAAAAGCUAUGGAAAGUGGGGAUUGCUUUGGUGUAAGGGCGGAUCCAAGCAGAAUGUCUGUAGCCGACUUCCAGGGUCCCAAACCUUUGAGUGAAAUCCUCAAGGAAAAAGGGAAGCUGGGUUUGGAUGAGGAAGACAACAUUUGUUGAAGCUGAAAAAACAAUCAUAUUGCACAAAGCUGAAAAAGACAUGACCACCUAGCAUGCUCUCUUGAUCGUGAACUUGUCUGCUGGGAUCUUUCAUUUCUUUUAGUAGGUGAAGAUAGUUUUCUUUUUUCCUCUUCUUUUUAAAUUUCAUUAGUCGGUUAAGAUAAUAGGGCCCAUCGGGCCCUCGAGAAGGAGCCCAUCAGCACGUGCUAAAAAUCCUUUCAAGAUCCCUUCUAUUAGCAUCCAAACAACCUAAUUUGUGAAUGCGAGACUUUAACUUGGACCAGGCAGCGUACUGGCACCUGCAUAUAUAGAUUUUCUCAGAGGUGAUUGAGAGCUUUGUCUUGAUUUCCUGUAUAGUUGUUUUUGACUGCUCACUUCUAGUUAGCGCAUUUUGUAUGAAAAAGAAACUCUGGGUAAAAGCUGUUGAUGGCUCCAUGGUUUUUGUUCUGGCUAGCAGUUCUGGUAUCUUCAAGUAUCAACGCCCCGCCAACUGAGCUUAUUAUCAAAAGUUUUUUUGAGGGACAUAUUAUCAGUUAUAUUUUACCAAUUUCCCAGUGAUAAACUUUGUGUUAGUCUGCUGGAAACUCUCUGCUUCAAGAAAUUGCUUUUAAUUGUUGGUGUUAGAUAAAUGGUGCAGUGGCAGCAGUACCUUGUAUAAUAUAUAUAUAUAUAUAUUUCCUUCUUUGGAGCUAAACCAAUUUAUCAACUUCAGUAGCAUACGAAUUAACAAGUGAUGCUCAGAGGAUGAUCCCACGUGGUGAGGGUUGCCGAACACUUUAUUUUCGUAAAUUUGUGUGCACAAACAUUGUUUUGAAAAUAUAUAUAUAUAUAUAUAUAUAUAUAUAUAUAUAUAUAUAUAUAUAAAUAAAGAAACAUUACUCUUUUCUCUUACCAUUAUUUUUAAGAUAUUUGAGGUAAGGAGUCUGAAGAUGUGCUACGGUAUUUAACCAUAAUUCUAAUUGCUUCAAGUGGGAUCUGGUUCUAUGUUCACCCUAUUGAAAACUAUUUUUGGUCUGGAGAAUGGUCCAACUCAAUUACACAGAAUGAUUACCACUUUUGUUAUCAAAUGAUUGCUAAUGAUGGGCAUAAGCCCUGUUUACCCCAUCAUGCUCCCUUUUGAGCGUUCGCAUCACUGUGUGCUAACCAGCUUAACUAUACCUAGUUCAGGUGCGUAGGGCCAACCCUAACACAUGGAAAAUUAUAGGAAUUAAGGCUCUUUUGCCUCCUGAAUUGUUUGGGUUUUGGGCUUAAAAGGAAUUUUGAUACCUUUAUAUAUAUAUAUAUAAGAAAUUGAUCUGCUGUUAUAAUUUCAGCCUUUAGGGAUAAGUCGCCCUCCCUAUGUUUUAGGUGGUGUUAACAAUCCAUUUGUAUUCCCUCUUAUGAUUAGGUUUGUUUGGGUUUAGUAAAAAUCAAAUUUUAAAAUCAAGUAAUCAACAGUUCCUUUCUAUUCCUAAAGUUGUCCAUAAUAAUAACUCUUUUUUUUAGAGAGAGAGAGAGAGAGAGAGAGAAGGAUUGUGGAACUACUAAUUUGAUGUUACUUUUGAAGUUAAUGGCAUGAAUGCAAUGUCAAUAACUUUACAAAAUCACAGGCUGUAAUGAGGCGGCAGGUAGCAGCGAGAACAGGGAGUUGAAGACUGUUAAAUUAAAAAUGUAGUGGGGAGGAUUUUGUAAUUUGGCUUCUCAACCAUGCUGGUGUUUUGUUUCUAUUCUAUAUACAUACAUGAUAAAUUAUUGAUAAUUCUCCCCUCUUUUUCAUUUGUCAUUUUCAUCUCCGUCUCUCUCUCUCUCUCUCUCUCUCUAUACUUGUAAGAAAAAUUCCAAACUACGCCACGCACAGACACAGAGCAGCUGGACUUCAUUGAGAGAGAGAGAGAGAGAGGAUGGCAGGUCUGCAAAGGUCUGAAAUAUCCUUCAGAAGACAAGGAUCAUCAGGCUUGGUGUGGGAUGACAAGUCCUUCUUAUCUGGGGAAUUGAUUGCACAAGAGCAAGAUCAGGAGAAGCCAAAAGCAGAGCAGCACCGACAAGAGGAAGCAACACAGAUUAAUGCAAAACCCAGAGAGCCAAGCUCAUCCCGGAGCGCCGUAAUCAGAUCCGCCGCCGCAUAUCGGACGGUGAAGGGGCCUCCGGCAGCCACCGACCCUCCUUCCCCAAAGCUCUCUGGUUGCGGCUUCUGUGCCAUUUUUGGGAAACCAGUUCAACCCAAAGCCACCCAAGCUCAUCCCCACUCCUAGUGCUCUCAUUAAUUAACUUGUACAUGUUCUUUCAGUACGUAAAUUGCUAGACACAGUUUCAGGUGAUCAUCUUCAUUAUAUCUCUGUUUCAUAUAUACAUCUGUGUGCGCGCGCCUGUGCUUCUGUCUUUUGUUUGGAUUCUCUCUUUUUUGAUCUCCCAAGAAAAAAUUAGAUAGAAAAUGAGUUGUAUGUAUAGCAAAAGCAAGUUCUUUUCUCGAUUUCA